UCAAUCCGGGUUGUGAUUGAGCUGCGCCAUUCAUGCCAGCAAUUUACUUGUCUUGCCUAUCGCAGCCAUCCAGAUUAAACAAGGAGAGAGCUUGGCAUUGGCACUUCGACCCAAGGAUGCACUCUCGGGCACCAUUUCUGGUUGCUUUCUUGCUCAUCUCUGCUCCUUUUUGUCUCUCCGCAGCAACAGAUACGUGCCAAGUUAAUCGAAACAAUAAUGCGAAUACCAUCAUCGUUGAUCAAUCAGGGAAGGGAGAUUUCGUUAAAGUUCAAGAGGCAGUUGAUUCUGUUCGUUCUGGCAAUGAUCAGUGGACGCGCAUCCAUGUUAACCCCGGGAUCUACAAGGAACAUGUAGAAAUUCCAAUGGGGAAACCAUGCAUCCUUCUUGAGGGAAGUGGCCUUAGCCAAACGAUAAUCACAGGAGAUGGGCAUGCCCAGACGAACUCUAGUGCCACAUUUACUGUGUCGUCGAACAAUUUUGUCGCCAAAAGGAUCGCCUUCGAGAAUUCCUAUAACAGGGGAGCUGCAGUAGAUUCAAUCACCGAGUGGGAACCGGCGGUUGCAGCGAGCGUUUACGGCGACAAAAUGGCCUUCCACGAAUGCGCUUUCCUGGGAUUUCAAGACACUUUGUGGGACGUGCAAGGCCGCCAUUACUUCAAUUCCUGCCACAUUGAAGGGGCUGUGGAUUUCAUUUGGGGCAGUGGCCAAUCUGUUUUCGAGGACUGUGCCAUAAACGUAACCGCCGGGCUACUGCCUAAAGGAGUUCUGGCAGGCUUCAUUACGGCGCAGGGAAGGCAGUCCGCGACAGACCCGAGCGGCUUCGUGUUCAUAAGGGGCACUGUUUCAGGGAUCGGUGAAGCCUUUCUGGGGAGAGCUUAUGGCCCUUUCUCCAGAGUCAUAUAUCACGGGACAACGUUGGAAGCAGUGGUGGCUCCUGCCGGAUGGAAUGCUUGGAAGUACCAAGACCAUGUAAAGAAUUUCGUGUACGUUGAGGUCGACUGUGGAGGGCCGGGGGCCGACAAAUCGAAGCGCGUCCCGUGGGAGACGAAGAGCCUCAGUUACUCGGAACUCCAGGCAUUUUCAAGGGAAAGAUUCAUCGACCAAGAUGGAUGGAUUGGCAAUCAACUGGCGUAAUAUAUAUAUAUAUAUAUAAGCUCCAAUCUCCAUCGCCUGGCUUUCACAGGAAGAAAUUCAUUAUUCAUUUUCUGGUGCUUUUGCUGGCUGAUUGUCUCUUUUAGAAACCUUAGCUGUUAACACUAAAAGAUAAUGUUAUGAUGCUCACACCCUUUAUUGAAAGUUUUCCAAGAAUAAAUUUUAUUGGUUAAACCCG